AUGGAAUCACAGGAUCAUUUAGAUGUGCUUUGUUCACAAAACUCGAAUGCAGUUCCCAAAUGUAGCCCCCGACAUAAUUCAAAACUGAGAAAUAAUAGGAAAAGUCGUGUUUGGAACUAUUUCACGAUAUUUGAUAAUUCAUCCAGUAGUAAAAUUCACAAAGCAAGGUGUAUACUUCCCGGAUGCGGCAAGGAAAUUUUUUACCGAGGUUCACUUUCAGCACUAAGAUACCAUUUAAGACAUUUCCACAACAUUAUCAUUGGUACGAAUAUAUCACAAUUAUAUAAUCAAGAUCAGCAACGAAGUCUAUCUCAGUGUCAUCCUAAGAAGCUUAGUUCUAAAAAAGGUCAUUUUACAACUAGAGAAAAUUUCUUGCAAUUCAUCAAGUACGCGAAUCCUUAUUGCAUUCCUUCAGAGAAUGUGAAAUCACGAAUGACUAAUUCGUAUAGUAACCUAUUCUCUAAACUAAAGAGCAUGCUUCAACAGGCCAACUCUGUAGCAUUAGCAAUUGUGUGUUGGGAACUUGAUGGUCAGGAUUCCUAUAUGGAAAUAACAUGCCAUUGGAUUUCCGACGAUUUCCAACUACACAAAAUUCUUUUGGACUUUGUCCCAGUUCCAAAAUUUUUUGAUGAUAACGAUAUCCAUAAAAGCAUCAAAAGAGUUUUAAGCGCAUGGGAGCUGGAUGGAAAAGUUAAUUCAAUAACUGGAAGGAAUAUAUGGGAUCGAGUACAUUUGGCCGUCAGGAAAUUCAAUAAUAUUACACAAGUUGAAUGCAUGUCUUUCGUUAAAAAUUUUUCAACAUACAUUCUAGAACCGGAUCUUGAUUUGCAUAUUCCGACUUUUGAAGAAAUGCACCAAUUUUUAUCGAUAAAAGACGAAAAGAAUAUUAGAGAACUUUCCGGAAAGAUUAGUACUGGCAUAAAAAAUUCUCAGCAACUGAUUAAAUAUUUGAUUAACUAUGAAAAUGACUUUCUUAAAGAAACACUUGAAGAUAGUGAGAAUAACGGAGUUGAAGAUCUGAAAAGAUGCAUCAAUGAACCAAUAUUUAUGUUAGAAUAUCUGGUGGUAUUAGAAGAACCGAUUCGAAAGUUGAUUAUGACACUAUCUGAUAAUUUAGAAACUGCGUCGAAAGGGAUGUGGAUGAACAAUCUAUUACCGGAUGCUACCAUAAUUAAAUUCUUUGAUGAUUUGAGUUCACAUUUAAAACAACUAAAAGAUGCUGUUAAAAAACUCGGUGAAACUCAUUAUUCAUUUUACGAUUUACUGGUUGAAUAUUUUAAUUUGGAAGGUCAAUUAGAAAUACAUAAUGAGAAAAUAGGGGAGAAUAUGGAUGACGGUCAAUUAUUUUUGAAUGAGAUUCUUAUAAAGUUUUUCAUCUCGGACAUUUUUGAAGAAUUUAAUUGUAGAAGUGAUUAUUUCACUUAUUAUAAAAUUGCAUCUUUAAAUCCUCGAUUCAAGGACAUAUUUAAUGACAAUUACGUUAUGGUUGAAGAUACCUAUGACUUGAUUGAAUCAGAAUAUUUAGAAUUAUGCGAAGGAGAAACAACUCAAAGUCAACUUGUAAAUUCUGAGCUAGCAACUAGUUCUAGCCAUUUAGGAAAUAACGAAUUUGAAAGAUAUGAAAUAUUAUCGCAGCAUAAUCAAAGUACAUACGACGAUCCAGUUGAUUGGUGGCGUCAACAUAGAAAAGAAUUGCCUUUUAUGGCGAAAAUAGCGCAAAAGUAUCUCGCCAUUCCCGUAAUAUGCUAUUCACUUGAUAGAACCUACUCUGAACAUUGCCAAAACCUAAAGGUUUUGUUAAAUGAUCUAAAAGAUUUCGAUGUGAUACAAAAGUGGGAGUAUUUAUAG